CUGAACGUGCGAGCUGGUGGGAGUGGAACGCCCCGGCCGUUGUAACCGUCGCCUUCUUCCUCCCCACAGUCCGAACAGCGCGGUGACUAGGCCGUCGGCCCUCGAGCCGAGACAUAUCUCUUAUUUAGUUCUCGGGAGCGCCUGGCCGACAUGAGUGAUGUAGAGGAAAACAACUUCGAGGGCAGAGAGUCUCGCUCUCAGUCAAAGUCUCCAACGGGAACUCCUGCUCGUGUAAAAUCAGAGAGCAGGUCAGGAUCUCGUAGUCCAUCAAGGGUUUCCAAACAUUCUGAAUCCCAUUCUCGAUCAAGAUCAAAAUCCAGGUCAAGGUCACGGAGGCAUUCUCAUAGACGCUACACUCGAUCCAGGUCACAUUCUCAUAGGAGACGAUCUCGGAGUAGGUCCUAUACACCAGAGUAUAGGCGGCGGAGGAGCCGGAGUCACUCUCCAAUGUCUAAUCGCAGAAGACACACUGGCAGCAGGGCAAACCCAGAUCCUAACACUUGCCUGGGAGUAUUUGGCCUCAGUUUAUAUACAACAGAGAGAGAUCUUCGUGAAGUGUUUUCUCGAUAUGGACCUCUGAGUGGUGUUAAUGUGGUUUAUGAUCAGCGAACUGGGAGGUCACGUGGAUUUGCUUUUGUGUAUUUUGAGAGGAUAGAUGACUCUAAGGAGGCUAUGGAAAGAGCAAAUGGGAUGGAGCUGGAUGGUAGAAGAAUUCGUGUGGAUUAUUCUAUCACCAAGAGAGCCCACACACCUACCCCAGGCAUUUACAUGGGCAGACCAACUCAUAGCGGUGGUGGAGGUGGUGGAGGAGGAGGUGGUGGUGGCGGCGGAGGAGGAGGUGGUAGACGACGAGAUUCUUACUACGAUAGAGGAUAUGAUCGAGGCUAUGACAGAUAUGAAGAUUAUGAUUACCGGUACAGAAGAAGGUCGCCCUCUCCUUACUACAGUCGCUACAGGUCACGAUCAAGAUCCCGUUCCUAUAGCCCAAGACGCUAUUGAUACUGGAGUGAUUGUCCCCAAGAACUUUGCUUUUCUUCUUUUUGAUUUUGGAUUUCCAAGCUUCCAUGCUUCCUAGUCCUUUAAAAAACAAAACAAAAAAAAAUGGUUUAUUUAAUCUCUGUGUGGCCAGUUGUGUCUCUUUCCACCUUCGUUAUACUCGAAAGGUGUGUGAUUGUCUUCAGUAGUUGAACAUCUUGAGUAGAAGGGAGGGAGCGCUGUGUUAUGUAUGCGUUGUGGGUCUUCUUUGCCUUUACAGAGGAUUCACUUCUUACUAUGAGGACAGAAACCAUCUUUUGAAAGCUUUUUCUGAUGGAAAUUGUAGUAGACAUUAGAAAUCUGUGGUUAUGACAAACUGCCUUUUAAUCUUCUUUGGGGGAAGACAAAUAACACUUUCAGUAGGUCAGUCAUGUCAGGUGUGUCUGGAGUGGCAUGGAACAGUUGAAUAGUUCAGUGUAGAAGCCCUAGGAGAAAAGGUGGGACAUUUCUUUUGAAUAAUAUAACUUUGAACCUAAAAAUUAAGUCACCUUUUAGAAAUUAAAAGCUUGUAAUUCCUAUAAGAUAUGUUGUAUUUGAAUUUACAUGUUAAACCUUAUAAACUUAAAGUGUGAUUUUUAUGUUGAAUUUACGGAAACUUAAGUAUUCCCUUAAUCACUGAAGGACAACCUUUAUUUAUUACCUAGAACAAUUGUAUAACUUGCUGUUAGAAAUUUUGGUAUUGGGACAUUGGUUAAAUGGGUUAUUGUACUAGGAUCCUAAAAUACUUGUGGAAAAGAGUAAUUUCAAAUAAAAGUUAAUUUGAAAAUGA